AUGCUUCAAGAAAUGGCAAGAACAAUUGUCUAUAAAGAGUCACCCAAAGACCCUUCUAAACGUAGUAGAGUUUGGAGAGAUGAGGAGUCUUAUGAUAUGUUGAUAAAAGGAAAGGGUACUGAAAAUAUCGAAGGUGCUCUUGACAUAAAGCUGCUAAAUCAAGGAAAAGCGCCGCAUGCGUACAAGUCAUCAAACCUAACUACAGCGUCAUUUAAGAAGAUGGACAAACUGAGAUUGCUCCAGCUAAACUGUGUGGGUCUCAGUGGACCCUACAAGAAUUUUUCAGAACAGUUAAGAUGGCUCUGCUGGAUUGGAUUCCGUUUACGAGCCAUACCUUCCGACUUGUGCAUGGAAAAUUUGGUGGCUAUAGGUAUGAGCUACAGCUACUUGGAAGAAUUUGAACCACCUGUGGAUCUUCAUUCACUCAAGAUUUUGAACCUAAGAAGCUCAAAGGAUCUACGCGAAAUCCGCAAUAUCUAUCGACUCCGUUAUCUUGAGAUAUUGAUUCUCUGGGAUUGUAUAAGUCUGACUCACGUAAAUCUUGGAGGUCUUACUUGUCUUGCUUUAUUGAAUUUAACAGGGUGUAAAAAGCUGUGCACGAGGGAGGAACUAAGUCAAAAAGGGCUGUUGCAAAAAAUAAAAAGAAAAUUAAGUCAAAAAGGAUCAUCUCUUCAUUCCAUAAAAAGUACCCAGCAAGCUUCCUUCCUUUUGCCGCAGUCAAUAGAGCGGUUAUAUCUAAUGAACUGCAAUCUUAGUGACACUGAUUAUUUUCCGCUUACUUUUAAAGACCAAUCGCUUUUGAUAUACUUGAAUCUAGUCAAUAGUCCGUUUGAGUUCCUGCCUAGUUACAAUUAUCUUAGAGGUCUUAGGGUCCUUGAUGUCAGUGGUUGCAAUGAUCUUAAAGAGUUGCGAUGUCUUCCGAGUACACUUGCGGAAUUGUACAUUUAUUACUGUAUUAAGUUAAAUAUAGUUACCUUUGAGUCACAUCGAUUCACAUUGCAAGAAUUUGGCUAUGAAGGCUGUGUCAAUUUGUGUGAAGUUGAAGGCCUUUUCAAAUUGAUACCAGUAACCAAGCUUGAAGAAUCUGAUUUGAAACACAUGACUUGGCUCAGAUCAUAUCAAGAUCUUAAGGUGUGUUUGGUUGGAGAUGCUGAGCUUACCAAAGGCAGGAGUUCAUGUGUCCAGAUGCUGUAUGAAUUCAAUAUAAUGAGCACAUCUCUGCCAAACAUAAAGAAUUCAAACAUGAUGCCUGAUACCGAUUACACGUAUACAUCACAAGAUACUGGUUACAUGUAUACAUUACUUGAUACUGCAUUCAUACUUGAUUCUGACUUCAUGUAUACACCAACAUUGACAUUAUUGUCUUUUCAAGUGCCUGCAUGCCCAGAGCACAGGAGGCUCGAAGGAUUAAUCAUAAGUUUUCAAUAUAAGGCACGAGGUGAAGAUUCGGUAUGGUUUGCUAAAGUUAGCACGCCUAGUGGUGUUAACUUGAUGUACAACCCCAGAGUCUUUGGCAAACCUGAUGAGGUUGGUAUUUGGUCAAGCUAUUGGCCAAUUGGGAAAGCAUUACAUAAUGAAGAGACAGUUACUGUGUCUAUCGUUGUGAUCAAGGGUCUGGAUAUAAAUUGAUGCGGUGCAA